AUGACAUCCACAAACACGACAUUAGUUGACUGGCUCGACGAUCUCUGCGUGCGCUUCAUCGUCAACCUACCCAAUGAAGAGCUGCAGUCGGUCGAGCGAAUAUGCUUCCAGAUCGAGGAGGCCCAAUGGUUCUACGAAGACUUCAUCCGCCCGCUCGACCCCCACAACCUCCCCUCGAUGCACCUGCGCAAGUUUUCCCAGCUCAUGUUCCAGCACUGCCCGCUCUUCUCGGCCUACUCGGAGCAGCUGCACCAGCAGGCCUACGAGCAGUUUCUGGCCUACAAGACGCGGGUCCCGGUGCGCGGGGCCAUUAUGCUCAACGAAGAGAUGACGCACGCCGUCCUCGUCAAGGGCUGGAAGAAGGGUGCCAAGUGGAGUUUUCCCCGCGGCAAGAUCAACAAGGAAGAGUCGGACCUCGAUUGCGCCGUCCGCGAAGUCUGGGAGGAGACGGGCUACGACCUUAGGCAGGCUGACCUGGUGGAGCCGGAUGAGAACAUGAAGAAGAUUACCGUCACAAUGCGCGAGCAGAGCAUGAUGCUCUACGUCUUCCGCGGCGUGCCCAUGGACACACAUUUCGAGCCGCGUACACGAAAGGAAAUCUCAAAGAUUGGCUGGUACAAGCUCACCGACCUGCCCACGCUGAGGCGCAAGAACCAGAUGCAGCAGGGCAAUGGCCAGGAUAUGAUCAAAGAAAGCAGCUUCUACAUGGUUGCGCCAUUUCUCGGGCCGCUGAAGCAGUGGAUAAAGCAACAAAGCAAGCUCGGGAGGCAGAGGGCACGGAACAGCGCGCACAUGGCGGCGGCGCCAAUAGCAGGCACAGAUGACGAGGAUCUUCAACCUGCCCUCUACGAUACAACGGCCGACGAAUCAAACAACAACUUUGCCAACAUGGUGGCCCAGCUAGGUCGUGGCCACCGCCCGAGCGACUCCCUGCCCGAAUUGUCCCAAGAGCUGCAGGCGCCACAACAAAGCCAGGAUCCCGCCGAAGCAUUGAAGCGGCUACUCAGUGUGGGCGUGCCUUCGCCUGCAGUGGAAGCGCCUAGCAAUCCCGCCCCGAACCCACAGGCCAACCCUCUCCUGGCACUGUUCAAGCAGGGCAAUACCCAGCCUGGAGGGGGUCAACAGCCUCGGACGCCGUUCGAGCAGAUCAUGUCUGCGCCUCCGCAGCCGCCCGCUAUACCCCCUGCUUCAAAGUUGCCUGCGCCUAACCUCAACCCGCAUGCCAUGGGGUUGUUGAACUCAUUCAAAUCCAACACGCGACAGUCUCCUGCUCCGCAAUCGCCUCAGACAACCAUUGCUGCGCCACUGCACAGAAGCUCGCAAACAACACCCCAAAUAGAGCAUCCUCUUCCCCAGCAUUUGCCGCACGGGCUCCUAUCACCACAUGGACAGUUUUCUGCUAGCCCACCGCAAUUCCAUUCGCUGCCCGUCAGCUCUAGUUUUGUUCCCGAGCAGCCAAAGCCGAGGAACCCUCACCAAGAUUCUCUCUUGUCUCUAUUCCGACCCACCCCGCCACUGGACAGCCCGAAAGAAGCACCCGCAGAGCUGUCGGCACUCCCUACAACACCAGCAUAUGUGUCUGCUCAGCCAGCCACCAACCCCGCAGAGCUGCCCAACCCAGGGACGCCAGGUAACCAUGGCGCUCUUCCUACCAGGACAAAGAUGACAUCGGCUACUGUGAGCGGCCCGGUAAACGCACCGGAUUUCGAAACGGUGAAGAAGAAUAGGCAGGCCACAAACGGCAGUUCGUCUGGGCCUUCGCCAUCCACCAACAUGCCCUUUAUGCCUCAGAUUCUCAAGCGUCCACAGCAGGCCUCGCCUCAGAAUGUCGCAAAGUCGUCGAGCUCGCCGCUGCCGUUCAAACCGCAGAUCCUCAAGCGCCCUCAAGCGCAAGACCAAAAGCAGGCGCAGGCACCGCCUGGGGAAAAGAGCAUGGCUGAGCAAGCGCCGGCGCACAAGCCAUCGCCACACGCACAGGGAUUACUGGACAUGCUCAAGGGAAACUCGCCUCAGCCCGCUCCCGCUCAAGCCGCGGUGCAGCCGUCUGGCUCGCCCAUGCCUCAACCCGCCAUGGAUCGUCAUGAAUCGGUCCCUUCUGACCAGAAGAACGUGCUGCUUUCCCUAUUCAACAAUAAAUCGUCCUCUCCCAGACCCCGGGGACAUAGCCCAAUACCUCCGACCCGCUCACCCUUUGUGCCAACACCGAAAAGAGCUGUGUCGGGUGUAAUCAGCCCUGUCAGUCCUCUACCGGUGAAUGGCAGUGCCGGCGCGGUCAGUCCCCCCGAGGGCGUUGUAAACCGUAGUAGGAUUAGCAGUAUCGGCGACGGAGCAGGACCUAGCAUUGUCGUACCGACUCGAACAAGUCAUCAUGUGGGCAGCAGAGUUAGCACACCUCAUCAAGAAGGUGGAAGUUUGGGUGGACUUAGAAGCCAGAGUAGAGCGGGCAGCACGGGCGAAGGCAAGAGUCCGGUUGACAAGACAUUUUUACUGGGGUUUUUGGAAGACGUUGCGCGGCGUGGCCGUUGAUGUUGGCAAGUUGUUAUUCUUGGUUUCAUUACAUCCUUGGAAUGUAUAGGGUUGGCAUGGCUUUGGCUAAAGUCGCGAGGUGUGCGUGACCACCAGCAUCCGGCCCGGGCUUUGGAGAGCGGAUUUUUGGGGGAGGAAAACCACCCAUCUAGUAUCGGUAGCGAGUCGGACAUGGCCGCAGCAGCAUAGCCUUCAUUUCUACGCAUAACGACAGCAUCAAAUCACCAGCAAUUAAUUGUC